CAGAAAGCAGCUUCAGAAUCUACUCUGUAAACAGAGCAGUGUUGCAAAGCUCUGAGAGUCAGCUCAGAAAGGAAGACACUGCUUGUAUUUGAGUGCCUGUGACUGCAGGCAGCUGAGAGCAGGGGAACCACACGCUGCUCCAGUCUUUGCUUCCAGCUCUGCAAGGUGUGGGCAAGAACUCCAGCAAGGCAGAGUGGAGAAACAGCUGCUCUUCGUUAUCUUCACUGGUCGCUUCAUUUGGAUGAGAGUUGAGCAGAAAUAUUUACGUGGGUGCAAGGUGAAGAGCAUGGAAAGAUGAUUUGAAGUCAAGGAACUACCUGAAAGUGCCUAAGACCGAUACCCUCAGCAAGCAACAGUACUCAAAGGUGCAGGAGGAUACUAACGCUAGGCACUCUCUGGAACCUAGCAGCCUAUCAAAGCGAAGACAACAACUGUUUGAGACCUUGUGGGAUCAUCACCCUAGGAAGAACAACAAAUUCAGGAGUACUAUGGAUUCAGAAGCAAAAUAAUAGCUAUUGCCAGACUUGGAGCAGCCACAUUUACCUUGAAUACCUUGAAACUGAGGUUGGAACACUGCUGGAAAACAUUCUGAGAGGAAGCAACCUGUGCUGGCCAGGUCCUGGGGUAGCAGGUGGACAAGAGGCCUUUCCUAUAUUGCUUCAUUAUGAUCUCUGGUUAAGUGUUCUUGUCCAUGUGUGGAAGAGGCAGAAAAAGCCUCUGCAAAUUACUUAGUUCUGUUGCCAAAAGCAAAAAAACCCUAUUUUGGAUAGGAGAGUGGGUUGAUUAGCAAUCAUUUUGAAGAAUGUCUGGCCAGGACACUGAGGACUUUGGAGCAGAAAACCUCUCAGAGAAGUCUCAGAUGAUUCCUAGCCUCCCACCGUAUGACAUUGAUGACCAGCUCCUUCCCAGGGAGCCACGGAGUGCCUGGUGCUGCUUGGCAUGGACCCUGGUAGUAGGCACCAUGAACUCCCUGGUUUUUUUAACGAAUUUGCUUCUGCUGUUUGUUAUCUUCACCAUUGUGCUGCUUCCUACCAUUGUGGUGGUUUACUUUGGCUUCCAGUGCCACUCUCGGGUGUUGCACUCAGCUGCCCGUUACUGCAAAAGCAUCUUGGAUGACAACAGCUCUUCUGCCCUCAUUAUCCUUGGCUUCGUCAUCAUGUCCCCUCUCAUUGUGGUGGCCAUGGCUAUCUACUGCAGCCUGGCAAGGAGGCUCCGUCUCUUCAUGUGCUUCCAGCCAUACAGCAGGGCUGUGUACAAGGGGGUGAAGUGGCGCUGGUAUGAGGAAGGAGGCCUGUGCAGCUGUGCCAAGGGGUGGAACACUCAAGUCAAGGCCUGGGUGUGAGUUUGCAGCACAAGGGGACCUGCCCUAGCCAGCAUCCUUUUCCCCUUGCCCUGUCCCUCCCCACCAUCACCUCCCAGAAUCACCAUCCUGAGGUCUCUGCAGAUGAAGGCUGUGUAGUACCUAGGUGUGAGAGGAAGGAAGAUGCGUUAAGGAGCCAUCUCCUACAGCUUUGUAAGUGGGUAGGAUUCUGCCCACCAUGAAGGAAAUACAGAGAACACAAGUCCUUGAUGGUAAAGACAACGUUCAGCCCUGAAAAGAACAGGGACUCUGUUGGAGAAUGGCUCAGAGACAAGGGUCAUGAGCCCAUCGAGCAGUUGUAUGAUCAGAGCCUGUUCUAGGGGCUG